AUGCUUGAGAGGAGAAGCGGCGCAAUGGUUCGAGGCCCAGCGUUGGAUGGUUGGUUUGCCCCAUGGGGAACUAUCCCGAGAAGGCUGGACUUCAGCUUCUUCACGCUCGAUCGGUCUCGAGAAGCAUAUGAGGAAGCUGCACCGGAGAAAAAAGAUGUUUUUGAAUAGGUCGAAACUUUUAUAGUGGUCAUGUCAACCAUCCACUGUGAAUCGAGGUGUUAAAAAUGAAGUGAGAGCACUUUACAUCAAACUAUAUCAUGGGUCACAACACCCUAUUGUUCUGGGGUAUGACAGGAGAAACGUUGAGACGAGUGUUUGCUGUAAAACAAUGAACAGGAGCGCGGGAGAGCUGAUAGCGAUCAAACCCGGUGACUUGUGCGAGCUAAUGACAGGCCGGAUCGAUAUACUCCAACAACUGAACGUGAUAUAGCCAUCCCCAGUGCCGCCAUAGUUAGUUUCCAUGUGCCAGUUCAACGUAUGCUGAGGAUCAUGUUAGUGCCUUUGUGACAUCGAGGAGACCGGUACCAUGAAAUGAAAAAUAAAACUCGCGAU